AACACGCGCCUUACACCGUUUCUUUACUUCUUUUCUCUGGCUCUCUCUUUCUCGAUGCUUACCACUGGCUCCUUAACUGGAACACGACUUUUUGCGAAGACAAAUAUCUGAUAGUCAAAAUGGAAGACAAAACUUGUCCCUUCAAGAUAAUAUUGGGUUCAUCUUCCAUAGCUCGCCGUAAUAUAUUAGCUGAAAUGGGAUAUGAAUUCAGUCUCAUGAGUGCAGAUAUUGAUGAGAAAGGUAUCAGAAAGGAGAAGCCUGAAGAGUUAGUCAUGGCUCUUGCUGAAGCGAAGGCUGAUUCCAUUGUAUCAAAGCUACAAACUAUGAAUAAUCAAGACAAGGAUGAGAGACCAACUAUUUUGAUUGCUGCUGAUACAGUGGUGGUCUAUGAAGGUGUUGUACGUGAAAAGCCAGCCAAUGAGAAAGAAGCGCGUGAAUUUAUAAAAGGUUAUUCGGGUGGGCAUGCGGCAACCGUGGGAUCUGUUAUUGUUACGAACCUUAAAACUGGAUUUAGAAAAGGAGAAUGGGACAGAGUCGAGAUAUAUUUUCACAAAAUACCAGAUGAGAUCAUCGAGAAACUGAUUGAGGAAGGGGCUGUAUUACAUGUUGCUGGAGGACUGAUUAUCGAGCAUCCUUUGAUAAUGCCAUAUGUUAAAGAAGUGGUAGGGACAACGGACAGUGUGAUGGGAUUGCCGAAAGCUCUCACGGAGAAACUAAUAAAAGAAGCCCUCUAGGUUCCGCAUUAUUCAAUUCCAUUAUCGGAGUUCAUUUGCAUUCAUUUGGCUCGGUUGUUAGUCCAUAUUAGAAAUCUUACUUUAAGUUCUAAACGUCGGAUAAAUCAACUACUUUUGAAUCUAAAAGUUACAUUUGAAAAGGCAUUCUCAUUGUUAAUGCCAUCUGAACUCUCUGAUUGUAAUGUUCAUAUAACUGAACACCACUCGGCUCGAAUAGCUUAUAAGUCUAAUUGAACUUAUAUUUUAUUAAAUGAAUUUAAUGGAGUAUAAUGGAAUAAUUUAAGUUUUAUCUUCAA